AUGAUUAAUUAUAGCUCCAGUCCCUUUUCUGCUUGUUUAGGAGAACAUUUUCCUAUUGAAUAGGCUGUAAAAAAUUAAUUUUCCAAGCAAUACAAUUUAAAAUUGAUAAAUGCAAAUUAUAGCUCAUAUUUACCAAUUUUUAAUUAGCCCUUUUCAUAAAAAUUGACAUUUUCGUCGCCUAUUCAAUACGCAUAAGUAUUACUGCCAAAAAAUCUAUAAGGGGUCUUAAGCUAUACUAUCUUGGAGUUGUAAUUAUUAUACUAAAAAAAGAUAUUAAGUUUGCUGAAGAUAAAAAUUAUUUAUAUAAUAUCCAAGCUCUCCUAUAUUUAAAACCAAUACACCAAUGCCGAAGAAAGCUACCAAAAAUCUCCGCUUAUUUUGCACAAUCUAAAAUUUUCCUCAGCUGUAACGAAAUUCCUCUUCUCUCAACAUCUAAAAACAGCCUAUCCUCCCAAUUUCCCCAAUCAAAAUCUUCAAUCCUCCUCCAAACAUUAACAUUUUUAUUUCAAUUCUCGCUAAUAUUAUUAAACAAUUUAUCCAUUAUCUAUCACCCUACCUUUUAA